CAACAACAUGCAGAGUUCAGUGGAGCUGGGAGGCUAGCCAACCAGAAGAGUCUCUGAGGUGUACUUGCCUGGAGGUCAGGCAAGUCAGCAUCCAAAAUCAGGUCCAGUCCUAGGAUUGGGCAAACAGCAAUCUAUGUGGUCAGAUGGUCCAGGGGUCAGGGAAUCUGAUGAUCAUGGGGUCAAGACAAGCAGGAAGCAUCAAGGUAGGACCAGGAGCUACAAGAGUUGUUGCCAGCAUCUGACUGCUGCUGUAAUCUCUGCUUGAGAAGGCUGAAGCCAGCUGGUUCUCAUCAGUGCCUUCUUCUCCUCUGUGUCCUUGAAGGCUGAUCAGCUGCAGGUGGAGUGACUCUGCCUUCUCCCCUUUCAGGCUACUGUUCAGCAGGCACAACUGACUCCUGGCCCACAACACUCUAAUAAAGAGGAAUGCUUGCCUACUCUCUUUGCACUUGUUCUAUUUUGCACUUGGAAUGACGAACUUCCUUUGCUCUCUCCAGCACUAAAGAAGGUUUUCGUGGACAACCAAGAAAUUCAAGAGAUGUGCCAGAACAACUUCAUCAUGCUCAAUCUGAUGGUGCGCACAUGUAAUGCACAUAUUAAACUUAUUGUUUGUAGUUACAAUGCUUGAUUUAGUGCUAAAGGUUAAGAUGGUGUGCAUUCUUUUCUUUUUUUUCCCUGCCAGCAUGAAACAACAGACAAGAACAUGUCACCUGAUGGACAAUAUGUGCCUCGAAUCAUGUUUGUAGGUAUGUGUUGGAUGUGACUAUGACCCUAAAAUGGAACCUCAUCUCAAUGAAGCAUGAGGAUUUCCAGCAGCUGGUUGACACUGGAGAGUCCAUGGGUGGUGAAAGGAAAGUGAAAGUCACCUGCUCCUAGCAGUAAUGUAAACUUAAAAUAAAUACAUGCCUAACAUUGCAGCAGCAGAUCUUUACAAUACAUUGCAAAGGUGGUCAACUACAGGAUGCACAUUUAACACAACAAAGUUAACAAACAAAAAAAAGAUUAUCUGAAAGAUUUCAAAAGAAAACAUAAUCAAAGGAAUACAAAAUACUCAUCUAAAAGAGCAUAAUUAACAAGAGAAUACAGUAGUAUCAUAAGCAUAGUACAUAUCUGCUGUUGUUGCUGCCAAUCUUGCCAAUGGUGGUUUGUUUAACAACAACAACAAUUAUUUUAUUUAUACCCCGCCCAUCUGACUGGGUUUCCCCAGCCACUCUGGGUGGCUCCUAACAGAAUAUUAAUAAUAAUAAUUUAAAAAGUGAUAAAGCAUCAAACAUUAAAAACUUCCCUAAACAGGGCUGCCUUCAGAAGUCUUCUAAAAGUCAGAUAGCUAUUUAUUUCUUUGACAUCUCAUGGGAGGGCGUUCCACAGGGCAGACGCCACUACCGAGAAGGCCCUCUGCAAUGAACAGGGUAGUGAUACAAUGACUACUGCAAUCAACACAAGAUAAUAUCACCAAGGCAACUAUCUGUAAACAAACACUAAACAUUCAUAAAAAUGGCAAAGGUAGUUUCUUUCCCAAACAAGUUUUAUCUUAAACAAUACCAAACACAGUAAAUAAAGAGUCCACUUGUGAUAUACCAGUGGUUCAGUGCUCAGACGUUCCGGUAAUCUGAUGUUUCGUCGCUAAAGAGCUUAGUCGUCGAGCUUUGUAGUAAAUAAUAUACAAAAGAAGACAGUAUGUAUUGACUUAAAGCAGGUAAAUCUGUCUCCAUCUGCAUGUUGCCAUUGGGAGGAGCAUAGAAAGAGGACACUGUCCUUCAAUUUGUUAAACCUCCUGAUGGUUUGUGGCAGGUGGCGGCGGUGGAAGCUCAGGCUCGAUGACCUGGGUCUUCAACUAAGAGACAGCCAAGAUAGAUUCCUACCCACAUCCCAACCGCCCAUCACUGUUGUGCAAUGGGUUGGUUCACACUUAAUGCCAAACUAUUGUUCGGUGCUAUAGGAACAAGAUUUUACACACAUGCUCUCUCAUUCCUCUGCUUCCAUCUCCUUCGAGUGCUGUACUAAUAAAUUAGUAAUGUCCAGGUGUUCAAAAAGCCAUAGUUUGCCAUCACAUCCAAACCAGCAAACUAUGGUUUGUCCUUGCCCUGAGAACCAUAACCGGAAUCAGACUCUAGACUGAGCCAUAUUAAAAUUAAUUUCAUUACAGACAACUGAGUAACUUCCCUCAAAAAUCUUAAUUCCUACCUCUUAGCAUGAAAUAAGAGUAAGAUGCUGUUAUAUCAGGGAUGACUACGAUAUUUUGUUUGCUUUUCCAGAUCCUUCACUUACGGUAAGGGCUGAUAUCACUGGAAGAUACUCUAAUCGACUCUAUACUUAUGAGCCUCAAGACCUGCCAGUCUGUGAGUUGAUCCCUCAAAACAAGCUUAUGUUUGUGCUGCCCAUACAGGGAGUGCUCAGGUGAACCCCUCCAGGAGAUUACAAAAUACCCAGAGUGAGAAGCAGGUCUGCACUUUCUGCUUACUGCUGUGCCAAAAAUUUACCUCCUGCACUUUAAAAAAUCAAAAAACAAAAAACUAUUAAUUAAUGAGAAAAGAAAUGGCUUUCAAAAAUUAUCAAAGUGGGAAGAAAAUGUUACAGAAACUCUCACAGGUUGGGUGCAGGUUUUUUUGUCUUGCUCACCUUACUUUUGAAGAAACCAAGGGGUGUUUAUGAGGUUCCUUUUUUCACCUUACAUAUCAUCCCAGCAGUGGUCCGCAGCCUUCCUGGACAUGUGUAUUUCCAUUAAAGCAAUAAAUUCUAGAAUUUUGAGGACAGCUGACAGCACAGCACUAAUGCCUGUAUGCUUUACUGGCCCCAUGCCCUGAUGUCUGCAUGUUUAGUGCAGCAUCCAAAAGGGGAGCUUUUAUAUACUUACACGCACAGGUUGCUGUUUCAGAUGUGCUGAGUAUAUGGACAUUGGCCGGGGGGGGGGGGCGCAGUGCACUGCUAUCCUUGUGCUGGUGGCAUAUAUAUACAGUAGAACCUCUACUUACGACCGCCUCUACUUGGGUCCAAUCCAAGUUGUGACUGCGGCAAACCCAGAAGUAAAUGCUGGUUUUGCCGCGAUUCGCGCACGUGCAGAAGCAGCCAUUUGCACACGCGUAGAAGUGGCUGCCACCGUCUGCACAUGCGCAGAAGUGUGCUGCCACCGAAUGCACCUGCACACAAUGGCGCUUCUACCAGUGACCCAGAUCAACUUACGGAUGGAUCUCCGGAACUGAUUACGUCCGUAAGUAGAGGUUCCACUGUAUAUAUAUUCGAACUGCUAGGUUGGCAGAAGCUGGGACAGAGCAACGGGAGCUCACCCCGUCAAGCAGAUUCCAACCGCUGACCUUCCGAUCUGAGAGAGGGUUUUUUCCCCAAGAAAAAUAGGCACCAGUAUGCACCAUGCCUCCACCUUCCCCUCUGCCUCCAUUGCUUGUCCCCUCCACCCACUCAAUCCCUCCCCCUGCACCUUUGCCGCCGCCACUUCCCACAGCUACAGGCAUGGCCUCUCGGAGCCACACAGUUGCUGAAGAGCCUUCCAAGGAAAGCUUCUGACAAUUGUGAAAAGGUCGCACCACCAUUUUACUAUUGUGGUUCAGCCAAGAUCCAGAUAUGGGGAGCCAAGCAAAUAUCUCCCCUUCCCCACACUGGCCCCUUCUGCUGCCUUCAUAUUUAUAUAGAGCUGGGGACAGGGAGAACAAACAGAGGUCUGUUGGGCCCAGGCGGAGAUUAAUUGGUAUGUGGCUGUAUUGCACCUGCACUUGACUGGAUGGAGCUCAAAGCAUUUCUGGGUUCUUUUGUUUUGCUCUCCAUGUGCAAGAAGAUCCCAGCUGUUGCUUCCAAAGGUCAGGGGGGUGGGGAAAACAGCAAGAUUUUUGGUAGUUUCUUUUCUCUAUUUUUAACCGUGAUCAUCAUUCACGUCACUACCUUUUUCUCUCCUUUUUUUCAGUAAUAGAGAAUAUGAAGAAAGCAUUGCGUCUUGUUCAGACUGAACUAUAAGUGCAGCAGUGAGAUCAUCGCACCCCAGGGAAGCAAUGUGAAUCAAGAAGUGUCUAUCUGACCCAUCUCUCUUUUCCCUCUCUGGAAUUUUAUUCCCAACCUGCCGUUAUCCCAUUCCAGGCCUAUCUUGCCUCUUCCAAGGGUGGUAGUAGUAGUAGUUGUAGGCCCCAUCUGCAGUAUCAUGCCACUUUAAAUAGUCAUGGCUUCCCCCAAAGAAUCCUGGGAAAUGUAGUCUGUUAAGGGUGCUGAGAGUUGCUAUUCCCCCUACAAAGCUAUAGUUCUCAGAGUGGCUUAACAGUAUCCCUCUUUCCACAGAAUUCUAGGAAUCGUAGCUCUUUGAGGGGGGGAUAGGUGGCCUCCUAACAACUCCUAGCAAAGUUAAUCAACUACAGUUCCCAGGAUUCUUUGGGGGAAGCCAUGACUGUUCAAAGGGGCAUGAUGAUGCUUUCAAAGUAUGGAGCAGUUUUGGCCAUGGAUGCAGUAUCAAACCUCAGUUAGUGAGAAUGAAGGCACAGUUUUACCUCAGGAUCCUUCCCUUCCUGGAACUUCAUAUCACAAUACCCCACCCCCACAGAGUCUCAUUCCACAGUUUGAGAAUCUGCAGUUGGAGGAAAGCAUACAUAGCAAUGCUUAUAUUUGUGAAAAUAAGAUACAAAGUAUGUUAGGAUGGGGAAAACUGCUUUGCAGAAAUGUGUAUAGUAGGGGAAAUUUUAUGCACAAGCAUGCAUCUGUUAGGAUCAAUCAGCAUGAAAAUGCUGGUGAAUUUUAUAUACGUGGAAGUGUGGAGAACUGAAUUUAAGAUUACAGAAGAUCGGAGAAAUGGAAAUUGACAAAUUCACCCGUCCUGAAAGCCACUAGCUGGCAAUGUCAUAUAAUGCCCAUGCAAACAUAUCAGCACAAAUAGUUUUCCCAUAGCCUUCAACCUAGGGUGUAAAAUGCUCUGUUUCAGCGCAUCCCAACCAUACAAGAUGCACAGAUGAGCAUCAGUCCAUGCUGGAUUAAUAGAAACUAGUGCAGACCAGUGCAGGCUCUGCAAUCUAAAUAGCUAGGAGCUGCUUCUAGCAUAGGCGUGCUGGAGAUGAAAAGGUAUUUCUCUUUUCCAGUGAUGCUUCUUGUAUUCCUGGUUACCUGGAUGAGAAUCUCCUGCUGCAUUUCUUGUGUCCAUUAAUUUACAGUAGUUAGCUCCCAGUCUUUAUAACACUGUGUAGAAAUAGGCUUUUGUGCAGAGUUAUCUUGAAGAUGUCAUUGCAAUCUGCAUUUGCUAAGAUAGUGUGAAUGAGCGAAAGAUCAAUUUCUUACAACGCAGUCCUAGGAAAGUUUAUUCAGAAAUCAUUUCCACUGAUUUCAGUGGCAUUGACUUCUUAAUAGGUGGCUUAAGAGCACAGCCUUAGUUGUUCUGCAAAGGAAUUGGUUGUGUUAUCUGCACAAAUAAUUGGUUGUAUUAUCUGCACAAAUUACUCCAAAUUAUUUGAAUUUUGUAUGGAACCCCCCCCCCAAAUAAAAUAAUAAACUUCUGACGAAUCUUUCAGACCU